AUGACUACCUCGCACGAGGACGGGCGCCUCAUCAUCGCCGGUCCCUCUCGCCUCGUAGAGGAGGAACAGCGAUUCCUCCUCUUGCCUCAUCCGCGAACUCAUGCUCCCGCUUACUUCGUGAUGGACGAUGAGCAGGGCGAGGCAUACGAGCUGCAAGCGGUCAGUAAGGAGAGGAGAAGUUGGAUGUUGAAUGGUCGACAAGCAGCAGUAGAGGAGGGAGGACAGGGAUGGGUGAUGCAAGACGGCUCUCUUCAUCUUCUCCUUCCCCUCGACCCAAUCUUCCUUCUCCUCCCGCUACUCCCCGUCCCCACAACCUCAUCGAGCUACCUCACAUCAGACGAUAUCUUCGACUCGGCCGCCUCUCGACACUACGCUGCGCGAGUAAAAGCCUACAACGCUCUAGCGGGGCAGUCGCAGGCGCAGAAUGAGGGGGUGGCAGCCCUGGAUGAAGACGCGGGGAUUUGGGAGGAUGUCGUCGCUUUUGGGCGAUCGAAGACGGCACAGAAGGCGCUGGAGCGAUGUUGCGAUGUCCAAGCCAUCAGCCCCACCUUAUCCGCGUAUCGUCCCUCCCUCCCUACUCUGCGAUCCAUCCUCCACGCCAAGCUACAAGCACUCUGCACCACAAUGGAGACGGAUUACUCGGCAACGCUAGGCCGAACCCUGGCGAAGCGACUCGAGUUCAAUGCAACGGAGGAGCAGGUGGCACGGGAGAGGAUCAAGCUGGGCAAGGAGGUGCUCAUGGGCUACAUGAGUGCAGAAUGGGGGAAGAUGAUCCUCGACGAGUUGUGA